AUGACUCGAAUAAAGUCUAGUUUCUUCUUUUCAUUGAUCGCCUUGAUUUCAUCUCUUUUCGCUCAACAGCAAUGGUCAAUCGAUCAACAACAUCAAGGAGCACAGCCAAGUUUUCAGCCGAUGGAUGGAAAUCAGCGAGGAUUUGUGAAUUCGGUGCUUUCUCCACAACAGCUUCGACCAAAUUAUCAAAAUGGAGUGAGUGGCGGUGGCGGUGUUCAGAUUCAAUUUCAAUUGCGCGGAUACUCCAAUCCGUCACUACAAUUGCCAGCCGGGAAUACGUGUAUUUGUCCACCAGGUCAAUCCUGCAGUUAUUUGUCUCGUCGUGACUCAGCCGAGUGCUUUUUCGCCUUCACUUUUAUCAUCUCUGCGCCAGAUCAAUCGGUACGCUAUUUCGCUACCCCGUUUAUUACGCUCGAUUCAAAUGGGAAUUUGGAUCGAGCCGGCGAGAGAUGGGAUGAAAAUUAUGUAGUGCAAUUGCCGAGUAAACCGUCGGCAAUUGAUGUUUUCGUGCACCAUUUGGGUUCAGUGAUUCGUUCAUCGGAUGGAUCUCUCGUGAACACGAUGACACUCACACAUGUUGACACUUUUGUGGUUCCCCUCGACGAUGAUCUCCCUACAGCUGGUCGACUUGCUUCAGUGCCCUCUCCGCGCACAUUCACCGGAACGAUGCUGCAGACACAAUUAUCUCUAUCAGUUUCAAUCGGCUGUUUGGGUGAUAUGAUCGGCGCACAAUGUGAUCUCACUUGUGCCUCAUCGCCCGUUUCCACACAGAAAAUGUCGUGUCGACAAAACUCGACCGGUUUCUUCUUCAUUUGUAAUCGAGCUGCAAUGACUGGACAGGUAGAUGAAUGCCAAUCUUGUCCAUGGGGUGUCCGUGAAGGUUCUUAUUGUCAAGAUGAAAAUGGAAAAGUCAUGAAUCCAGCUAAUGCGGGAGUGGUUGAUGGAUCGUGGAAAGUGGCGGCAAUCAUUUUGGCCAUUUCAACCCUCGUUUUUUUUGUUUUAUUUUUCGUUUGUGCUAUUUUCGGAUGCAGAGGAUGUCGUCAAGGAUCAGAUGAUGAGAAACUGCCCGGUCACAACUUGCCUGGCUUUGAGCGAGCUGUUCAACGACAUGAGGGACAGGCACUUCGUCCACUUCUCGAGGCAGAUCAUGGUAGUCCAGUCUCGACCCCGGGAAGCGGUCCCGUCGCAGCUCCACGCAAUCAACCAAAUCUCGGCGCUAUUCCACCGAAGUCGGCUCUCCGCAAGCCGCCACUUGUUCCACCAGCGCAUCUCGGCGGAUCAAAUUCGGUGAACGACACACUUAAUUCAUCUUUUGCUGGGGAUGUCCCAAUGAGGCCAUCUAGAUCGGAAAUUGUU